AUGAAGCGAACCAGAGAGGACUACACUGCCGGUGGUGAGGUUUCUCUGGGUUACGGAGCACCGUCUUGGUGCAGAGGUCAAUUGCUUGGCCGUGGAGGAUUUGGGUCUGUUUUUGUUGCGAAAUUGAAGAAACCCUGUUUUGGAUUUCCUCCAACCAUUGCUGUGAAAUCAGAACACGCUGCUUCUGGGUCAUCUUCACUCUUGAAUGAAGAACGGUUUCUUCGGGCUUUAAAAGGGUGUCCUAAUGUGGUUCAAAGCUUUGGAUCAGACAUCACAACCACCAACUCUGGUGACAUCAUCUACAACGUUUUUCUUGAGCUUGCUUCAGGAAGCUUGGCAGAUUUCAUCAAGAAAUCUGGUUCUGGUACUGGGAUGCCUGAAUUUCUAGUCAGGAAUUAUACUCGUUCUAUUUUGAUUGGAUUGAAGCAAGUUCAUGACCGUGGAUUUGUACAUUGUGAUAUCAAGCCUCACAAUGUCCUCUUAGUGCCUAAUGCAGAUGGUUAUGUUCCUAAAAUUGCGGACUUUGGGUUGGCAAAGAGGCGCCAUGCGAGAGAUACUAGUGGUAUCAGAGGCACAGAGUUGUUCUUUUCUCCUGAGAUGGUGAGGUAUGGAAUUCAGGAAGCGCCUUCAGAUAUUUGGGCACUUGGGUGUAGUGUGCUGAUGAUGUUUACGGGAAAACCACCGUGGGCUACUACACCUAAAUCUGAACUUAAGUCUCGGAUAGCUACUGAUUCACCCAUGAUUCCACCCCGUAUCUCAAAAGCAGCCCAAAACUUCUUGAGUUGCUGCUUUGUGAGGCAUCCUGCAAAGAGGUUGACGGCUACAGAGCUAUUGGAUCACAUCUUUUUACUAGAAUCAGAUGAGGCUGAAGAAGUUUACAUUCAAGAAAAGGCUAAAGUUUCAGAAGAGAAGAGUCUGGGAGUAAAACCUCAAUCACAUUGUUGUCCUUCAGCUUUGCCGAGUUUUAUACCACUUCCUUCUUCAUCAUCUGAAGAGGAAGAAGAGGACAUCCCUGCUGCAGCGAAGCGAACAUGUUACAGACAGAUCCAUCCUUUGGCAAUCAUGGGCUGCCAACCUCCUGUCACUUUUACUGUUUGUGCCAAUUGA